UGAUCAAGAAAAUAGAAUAAAACAUGUGUGAAAAUUAUUGUAGAAUGCAAUUGUUGUAUCAACUUAGAUAAAGAAAAAUUAUGGAAAAUAAUUAAUAGAUCAAUAUUUAUGAUAGGAUAAAGAAAAAAGUUUAGAAUUAAAAAUUAUAGGAUUAAGAAUUAUCAUAAAAUGAAUCAACAGAUAAGGAAACCAUUUUUCCAUUUAUUAUUCGUAAAUCACCAUAAGAGUAUAAAGAAUUUAUAUAAAGCAUAAAUACUGGCAAAAAUAGGUUAAUUCCUUAAAAUAAAACAAUAUUUAAUGCAAAACUAAUAAAUGAUAAUAGAUCUAGAUCAGUAAGUAGAAAAAUAACACCUUUUUAUUAAAAAAAUAUAGUUUAUGAUCAAAUUAAUACAAGAUUAGAUAAAGAGAAAAAAACAAUAGUUGUAUUUUCUCAAAGAUAAAAUCCUUUGAAGAACGAUUAUAUUUAUAGAUUCUGCAAGAGAGAUUCAUUUUCAAGUUAAUCUGGAAGAAGUUAUUAAAACAAUUAUUUUUGA